AUGCAAGCCAAGAAGAUCAAGUACGACGUCAUCGGACUCACCGAGACGAGACGACGUCACCCUCUCAACGCCGUAUAUGAAACUGGAGAAGAACUGUUCUUAGGAACAUGCGACAGUAGAGGUGUUGGUGGAGUUGGCGUCCUCGUCAACACGACUUUGACUAUCUUCGUCGCUUACGCUCCAAAAUCAAGCUACGAAGAAGAAGAAGUCGAAGCUUUCUAUAUGGACCUGGAGAAGUUCUACCAAGAAGGUCAUGCUUUCUACAAGGUCAUAAUUGGCGAUUUCAACGCUAAGGUUGGCCCAAGAAGAACGCCGGAGGAACUUCACAUCGGGACCCACGACCUACAAUGGAAUGACCAGGGAGAGAGGCUCUCCGAGUUCACCAUGACGACUAAGACCAUCCAUGGGAACUCGCAAUUCCAGAAGCCCUUCUCUUUACGCUGGACGUGGGAGUCACCCGGUGGAGGGUACCGUAAUGAAAUAGACCACAUCAUCGUCAAUAAAAGGUUCUGCCUGACGGACGUCAGUGUUGUACCAAAGUUCUAUACGAGAUCGGACCAUCGCCUCCUCCGAGGAAGGUUUUCCUUCACAAGGAGAGCAGAGAAAGCCGCCAAGUUCAGAGAGAGAGAAAUCCCAGGACUACCAUUAACUGGGAUCUCUUCGCUACGCUAG